AUGGUGUACUCUCGCAGCGCUUCCACUCGGGCCUACAUUAAGGUCAUUGCCCUGUGUUGCCUGAGUUUACCUCUCUUCACCGCUCAGGGGACAACCGCCGAAUGUGAAGUCUCGGAUGGUGACAAGAGCUUCGGUAUCCGCGUUGUCAACGACUCCGGCUGCCUCAACGGCGGUCUCGGUUGCUACAAUGACCACUGCCGCUACUGCAAACUCCUUGACACCCGCAAGUCGACACAAUUCGAGAGCUGUGCCGCGUUCGGAGCCAACUUCCCGAACAUGGCGCCGCUGACAGCCACUGCCGGUCCGUGCGGAAUCUCGGAUGGCGAUGCUGCCGUCGGUAUCGCCGCGGCUGUCGACGCGGAUUGCUUGUACGGAGGUCUCGGAUGCUUCAGUGAUCACUGUCGAUUCUGCAAAGUGAAGGAGACACCGGAAUCGACUGCGUUCCUCGGAUGCAAUGACUUCAAUGCGACUACAAUCAUUACCGACGGUACACCGACUACUCCAGCACCAACUCUUGCUGCGACUACCGAUGGGGCCUGUUCGCUUGUGGUGUCCGAGGGUGACGCUGCGGUCGGGAUCAAGAUCGUAUCGGACGCUUCAUGUUCGAGUGGUGGCGUUGGGUGCAUUGACGACGCGUGUCGUUUCUGUAGAGCGACCACUACUGUGCAGUCGGCCGCUUUCACGGACUGCAGCACGAUUGCCGGUGCUACCGUCGCACAACCCAGCACACAACCUCCAACAGAAGCUCCCACCGAGACACCGAUCGAACUUCCAACGGAGGCACCAUCCGCUGAUGGUACGUGCCUACAAGUUGCAGCGUUGGGAGAUAUCAAGGUUGGUAUCGUUAUUGUCACGGACACCUCGUGCGCCACUGGUGGCAUCGGUUGCAUCAGCGACGUGUGCCGCUACUGCAGACUGGUGUACACCCAGCAGUCGGCUGCUUUCACGGACUGCGGUAUGAUCGUUGAUGCCGACGCAUCAACCAAAACCCCCACUGUCAUUACCAUCACUACCGAGGCUCCGACUGAAGCGCCAACGAAGUCUCCAUCGGAUCAACCAGUGUGCACCCAGGUAGUCUCGCCGGGUGACGCAUCUGUCGGAAUCAACAUUGUCACGGACGUUACCUGUGUAAAUGGUGGCCUGGGCUGCAUCGAUACUGUAUGUCGCUUUUGCAAGACCCUCGACACGCCUCAGUCGACGACUUAUCCGGACUGCACAUCCAUCGCCGGGUACUCAACUGGUGCUGUCAUCGCCACGGAAGCCCCGACCGACGCUCCUACGGAGGCUCCGACGGACGCCCCCACUGAGACUCCCACCAUUACUGCCUCAACCUCUGGAGCGUGCACUCAGGUGGUGUCGGAAGGCGAUGCCAGCGUCGGUAUCAGUAUCUUCACGGACACGUCGUGCGCGAACGGAGGCGUGGGCUGUAUUGACGACGUGUGCCGCUUCUGCAAGGUCAAGUCCACCGAUCAGUCCGCGGCAUUCGUAGACUGCCCUUCAAUCUAA